CUGGCUUUGCAUCUUUCAGCGUUGCAGGGGCAGAAUCCAAAAGAAGCGGUCCCCUUUCCGAGCCCCCCACCCCGCCCUGGAUCGAGGCGCAGGGCUCUUCCACGCUGGGAAUCCGGCGCAUCUCAACCCCGCGAGGAUCGGCGCAACAGCCGGGACCCCUCCUCUCCUCGCCUCUGGGCGCGCAGCUGCCUUCACCAGGCUCUCUCUCUCUCUCUCCCCCGCCUUGCGCAAGCGCCACCAGCCGCCGGCCCCGACCGGGAGCGCUGCGGGAGGAUGCUCCGCGCCCGGUAGCUGUGCGCCUUGCGGCUCCGCAGGCCGGGGGCGCAGGAGGCGCACCGCCAGCGCCAUGCGCCAGGCCUUGGCUCCGCCGAGCUCCAGUGACAUCUCGCUCUCCACCUCGGCCGGGUCUUUCAACAGAAAAAAGCGAAAUUCUCUCUAUGUCACCGUGACCCUCCUUAUCGUCUCGCUCCUAAUUCUGACCGUGGGCCUUGCUGCAACCACACGUACUCAAAACGUGACUGUUGGGGGUUACUACCCGGGAGCUAUUCUGGGCUUUGGGUCAUUUCUUGGCAUUAUCGGAUCCAAUUUGAUCGAAAAUAAAAGGCAAAUGCUGGUCGCCUCCAUCGUAUUCAUCACUUUUGGGGUCAUUGCUGCCUUCUGCUGUGCGAUUGUGGACGGCGUGUUUGCUGCCAGGCACAUUGACCUGAGGCCACUUUAUGCAGGACGCUGCCACUACUAUGCCAAAAGCACCACCCAGCCCAAAACCAUUUGCCACCCGCAGCCCCGGAGUUCUUGCGUCCCAAAGAUCAAAACCAACACCUGCUUCUGUUGCGACUUGUACCACUGCGGAAGCAGGAUGGAGAUUUCCGGCGGCUAUUAUGAAUUUAUCGAUGUCAGCAGUUGCCAGGAUAUCGUCCAUCUCUACCAAUUGCUGUGGUCUGCAACAGUAUUGAAUAUCUUGGGUUUGGUUCUAGGCAUCAUCACAGCGGCCGUCCUGGGUGGUUUUAAAGAUAUGGUGCCCACUCAUCCUACUCUUACCUGCUCGGUCGAAAACCCACGGCCAGCUGUGUCCUAUUACUCACGACCCCAGGUGACCUCGUACAACACUUAUCACAGCACGCCUCACUUGCCGCCGUAUUCAGCGUACGACUUCCAGCAUUCCAGCCUCUUUACAACGUCCAGCCCAUCUGGCCUGCCGGAGGAUCCGCUCUCGUUACCGCCCUCACCGAGCUUGGUCUGGUCCCCAACUGGUGCUCCACCUCGUUACUGCCCACCGUAUUUUCCACCUUCUGAGAAGCCGCCGCCUUAUUCACCGUGAAAACUGAGUAGAAGGGGAGAGAGGAUGCAGCCCCUUAAACUACCUACCUGCCAAUCUUUUGUACCGGAAGAAGCAAACUGGCACCUUGGACCUUCCCUCAGUUUCCUUUCUGUAGCGGGAGCCUUGCGUCCCUCACUCCUGAGCAGGGCUCUCUCCAAACUUGGACACUUUAAGACGUGUGGACUUCAACCCCCCCCCCCCCGGCUGGCUGAGGCAUUCUGGGAGUUGAAGUCCACACGUCUUAACGUGGCCAAAUUUGGAGACCCCCUGCUCUUGAGGGAUAAAAAAAUGGGCAUCCUGCCCUGGGCCCUUGUUUGUUUUUAAAGGACGGUGGGAGAGGCCUUCUUCUCAUGCUCUCUUUGAGCGAAUUGCUUGUUAAAGAUUAGCCUUUGGCGGAUCCAGGAUUUCUCUUCAGCUCUUCAGAAACUGUCCAGUGGAUGAUGUGAGUUCAUAAACGGGCUCAAGAUAAGUCAGGAUGGCAAUUUCAACCCCUGCAAUCAAAGCUUUCCCCCAUUUUAGGUGAGUCGCUAUGGAUACAUGAAAGGAGCAGCGUUUGGAUUGAUUGAUGGUGGCUGCCAGCUUGAUUUAUUUCACCCGGAUGAGUCUGUUAAUUGGAAUUUCCGCAGCUCCCUGAUAACUCAUCCUUGUUCCUCACUAGAGAUGAUGGGAAGAUCCACCCUGGAGCCAAAGGGACAAAAUUCCUCUGCUGUUCUUUUAAAGGAAGUACCAAAGAGUCGGAGUGCGUGAAAUUAAGUCUUUAAUUAAGAAGUGGAGAGACAGCCAAAAGACAAAUCUGCAAAUGGGCAAGAAUGAAAUGCAGAGGGGUUUGUGAAUUUCAUUGCUGCUCCAUCCUGACACCCAGUGGUAGAUUCAUCAGCACUGUGCUGGAAAAAAAGACCAGAUUUCUUUGAAAUAAGCUACCCCAUUGUUUCUCAAACCUUGCAUCUUUUAAGAUAUGUGGACUUCCAGAAUUCCCCAGCCAAUGGGGAAACUAUAUGCUACUAAAACUCUUCUGCUCAUCACUUUUAACUGGGUGAAACUGUGCCUUGUAGGGCAAUAGUUUUUGAACCAAGGUACCUCAAAUAGGCUAAUUUACAGAAUAUGUCCAAAAUCCAGGACCCCAUAACUCCUUUAGGGAAUGAAAUUUGGGGAAAGUGUGGCUGUUUCAGUGCUACUGAUUGCUGCGGUGCUGUAGGGCUGCUGCUGCAGUCAUGUGAUGUUCAUUUUCAAAGUUCCGUGACAGUUUCCCAGGCAGUCUUGCAAUCCCUUCACCACCUAGCAGAAGCCUAGUACGAAAAAAGAGAAUUAGUCUCUAACAGCUAUGGCCGUUACAUCUAAAUUUGAUUUUUCUUUAAAAAAAAAAAAAAGACUUGGAACAGGUGCCUCUUUUAUAUGUGUGUGUAAGUGUGCAUGGGCACACCCAGAAACUUAGCAUGAAUAAAUUAAUAUUU